AUGCAGAACGCCACUUUCUAUUACGCCGAGGGGAACCAUCCGUGUGCCGAUCUUUUCUUUAAGGAUGACACUGGUGCUUUGUACCUGGUUGACGUGGGUGGCACUGGCAACAUGUCGAAGGCGCUGAACAAGGUGCAGAAAAUGAGUGAUGUUCUCGUCAAGGAAGGUUUGCGUGAGGAAUUGCAAGUGAGUAAAUUAACAGGUGUCGUCCUGCUACCAAACAUUGCGAGUAUCAGCCUGGAAAAUGAAGGAAUCAUCUCAGAAGCCAUCACCGUCACAGGGGCAAGAGCCAGAGAGCUGCUUGGUGGUCGCUGGAAGAGCAUGGCUGGCAAAGCGGCCUUGGGUUUCUGUGCCCUGCCGGGACCUGCCGAUCCGCAGGGCUGGGUUUGCAUGUUGGACAUGAUGCUCAACAGUCCCAGCGGUCGACCACCGGUGCUGGUGGGUGGGCUGCCGGUGACGGACCACGCCUUCGUGGAUGGACAGCUGGAGACCUCUGGAGCCUUUGGCCUGGUGCUGGAUGGCAUCCAAGCCUCUCCGGUGGUAUGCCAAGGGUCGGUCCCCUUCGGACCCUUCUUGGAGAUUAGCCACGUGCGCUCGGACCAUGUCAUUAGCGAAAUCAACGGCCAGAACCCUCGGGAGCUCUUAAUGCCCUUGCUGCAUGGUCCACAUGUGCCGGGCAACGGGCAGUCCAUGGCAGGUGUUUUCGUGGAUCCCAAACCCGAUGGACCUCACGGCUCCUGGACAGACGCGCAUCUGGCCAUGGCGGCCAUGGACGGUCGACCCAAUUGUUUGGUGAGGCCGAUGCACUCCUUCACUCGUGAGGGACACUUGGUGUUGUCUCCUCUGACGGAAACGACACCAUAUAGCCCAGGCAUGAAGCUGCAAUUGCAGUGCUUCAGCCCUGAACAUGCGUUGAAAGACCUGCGUUCCCGUGUGGAAACGGACAUGGCGCUGCACAACGGACGGCCGCCCAAAGCGGCGGUCAUCAUCUCCUGUGGUGCACGCGGCGUGGCAUUGUACGGCAGCGAAGGGGUGGAGAGCGCGAUUUUCCGCGAAGUUUGGGGAUGCGACGUGCCCACGGUGGGGUUCUUUGCCGGCGGCGAAUUUGGCCCCGUGGGCUUAAGGACCUAUCUUCACGCCUUCACCACGAGUUGUUUGAUGUUUCGAUGACCGGUCACAACGACGGGUCGAAAUCGUCCCGAACGACGACGGAUUUAUCGCUGCGCCCGCUGCUUGAGGUUGAAGAAAGUGUCGACAUGUUCC